CUCAAGAUCAUUUUCAAAAUAUUUUUUUAUAGUAGACGUGUUUACUUUUUGUUAAGUUAAUUUUAAAUUGAAUUAAUAAGUGAGAAGGAAUAUGUCUGAUAAUAAGACUAUUUUGGUAACCGGAGGCUCUGGACUAGUAGGAAGGGCCAUUCAAAAAGUCAUCGAAUCUGAAGGAAAAAGCAAUGAAACUUGGGUUUUUCUAAGUAGUAAAGAUGCAGAUUUGUGUGAUUACAAUGCAACAAAACAGCUAUUCGAAAAAUACAAACCCACACAUGUUAUCCAUCUGGCCGCCAUGGUGGGAGGACUUUUUCACAAUAUGUCACAUAACUUAGACUUCCUAAGAAAUAAUUUACAUAUGAAUGAUAAUGUGUUACAGAUAAGCUACGAAACUGGAGUUAAAAAGGUGGUGUCAUGUUUAUCUACUUGUAUUUUUCCAGAUAAAACUGAAUAUCCUAUUGACGAAACUAUGAUUCAUAAUGGCCCUCCUCAUCCAUCAAAUUUUGGAUACAGUUAUGCUAAGCGUAUGAUUGAUGUAAUGAAUAAGGCUUAUUUUGAGCAGCACGGUUGCAUGUUUACGUCAGUGGUUCCUUGCAACGUAUUUGGGCCUCAUGAUAAUUAUAAUCCAGAGUCAAGUCAUGUUAUUCCAGGGUUAAUUAAGAAGUUGUUUGACAUUAUUAAAGAAGGUGGAGAUACAUUUACUGUAAUGGGUACAGGAAAGCCUCUAAGACAGUUCAUUUACUCCUUGGAUUUAGCGAAACUGUUUAUUUGGGUUUUACGAGAAUAUAAUGAGGUUGAGCCUAUUAUUUUAUCAGUGGACGAAUCUUCAGAAGUAUCAAUACAACAACUAGCCGAGGAACUAGUGAACGCAUUCGAUUUUAAGGGGAAAAUUGUAUUUGACACUACCAAAGCAGAUGGCCAAUUCAAAAAAACCGCUAGCAAUAAAAAAUUGAGGAAAUACUUGCCAGAUUUUCAGUUUACUGAAUUUUCACAGGCUAUUAAAGAAAGUGUGGAUUGGUAUAAAGAAAAUCACGAUACUGCUAGAAAUUAAUCACGAUGGGGAAUAUUUUUUUUAAUAUAUUAUAAAAAAGGUAUUUAUGGAAAUCCCAUUAUACUAUAAUAAAAAUUGUUAAUAUAUUAUUAUUUGUUGAAAUUUAA